AUGGCUACGUUUCCAUCUCCUCUAGAGCGAACAGUGGCUUCGGCUCUUCUCGUCCUUUCCACUCAGCCUCCCAAGUUGAUGAUCGGUUGUUGUGAUGGCGAGACGAAAGGAAAAACAAACAUAUUGAUCUCUUCGACAGAAUCCGAAUCCUGCGGUUCCUCUCUCACUACUCAUCAGUCGUCCUCUCGGAAGCAGCGGAAGAUGCUAAGGAUCAUCGCUGCUGUGGCUCGCUGCCAUGAGUUCAAGCUCAAGGUUCCCUUGCCUUACUCUGUUUCUCCUCUUUACGCGGCGUUUUGUUUGUUUUUCGUCAAUUUCGUCGUAAAGAAGAGGCGAUCGAGGAUCUACCUGAGCUCCGAUAACCGGAAAAUAUCAUCCUUCAGGUCAUUGAUCUCAUCGAAUAUUGCAAAGGAUGAGACGACGUCGUGCUUGUCGAGCAGCUCAUCCAGCGGCAUCUCAAGCGCGCGAAGCCAACGUAAACCGGCCAAAGCUGAGAAAAUACAAAGGAAGAGGCACAGCGGCGGCUCGAAUCACAUGUGCCGCCGAGCGGAAGCCAUUUUGAAAUUGCUCUCCGGUGGUUGCUUCUCUGAGGUUAACAUUCGUCGAGUGCUUGGCGACAGUCCGGACACUAGCAAAGCCCUUCGAAUGUUGCUAAGGCAGGAAGAAGUGAAGAGAUCAGGAACAGGAGGGCAAAAAGAUCCUUAUAUUUACACGAUUGCAUGA